AUGCCGCGUCCCGCCAACGACGACGAGUGGGUGGACGUGAGCAAGGGCGAGGACGAGAGCGCCGCCUACUCGACGUACAUCGACGACCGCACGCAUCUUUCCCCAGUAUACGCUGCCGGCGACCUGCGCUACGUCCUCCGCGUGCCCAAGGGAGCAAUCGUCAACGAGGCAAAGCGGGUGGCAAAGGCGCUGCACGGCUGCAACGCGUGCAUCCACCGCGCAGGAAUAUACGUGCGUGACCUCGGCCCAUCGGGGCCCGUGUUCCUCCACAACCUAACCUGCGGCAUUGCCGCGCCGUGUGCCGAGGUGACCAAGCUGCGAGAGCUCGCGGAGGAUCUCGCAGAGCAGGCGUGCCAGUCAUGCCAGCAGCACGAGCUCGUCGUGGUGACCGACGCGACCUACGCACCCGUCCGAGAGGGCAAGUGCGCCGCCACUGGAGAGGAGUACGGCCAUUGGACCGUCCAUCCCGCUGCAUGCUCGACAUCCGAGGCGGCCACACGCUACAGCAAGCUCGCGCGCUACUAUGGCCAGAUGGAUGUGCGACUCGCCAAGCUGACGGUGCCAGAGGCGCUGGCAUCUGUCAACAUCAUGCUCGAGGAGCAGCCGCACCUUGAGCGCCCAGAGCACUAUGCCGCGUGUCUACGCUGGGUGAAGACUCUUCAGCGUCACGCCGUCGAGCAGUGUACGACCGGAAGCGGCGCGUUUGAGCUCAUGUCGCUGGCCGACAAGGCGAAGCUGCGAGUGCUCGCAAUCCUUCACGGCCGCGUGGAGGGCGCGACGCACCUCGACUUCCACCAGUCAGACAACAUCGUCGACUUUCUCACGCUGCCCUCGCGGGACGCACUGCGCGCGGAGAUGGACUCGCGCUCGGAUCCCCGCUUCUACAUGGUGUCACAGCUGAACCGAAAGCUCGCCUCGGCAGGCGUCACCUCGAGGCACCUGAUUGGGCUCACGUGGGACGGCAAGUUCACCGACGACCUAGACAUCCAUGUCAAGACGCCCAGUGGCAACAAGAUCUACUACGGCAACAAGUCGGCAGACGGGUGCACCCUCGACUUUGACGCCAAUGUGACGCAGGGCGAAGCCAACCCGUGCGAAAACGUGAGCUGCAAGCCGGGGACCUUCGAGGUUUCGGUGGACAACUACACGCGCCGUACGCGCGGGGCCGUCCCGUUCCAGGUCGUUUGCCGACAGGAAGGCAUGCCCGACGUCGUGUACGACGGCACGUGGCCGGCGAACCGCGCCAAGGGCCGCCUCCUGCUCGUCUGCCGGCACACCUUCACCGAGGCGAGGGAGGAGCCGGCUGUUGUCGCGACAACCGACGACCUCGCGGGCGCGUGCGGCGCGACCGUCUACCGCUGCGGCCGUGCGACCGAGCCGGCGCAGGUCGGUCGCGUCUUCAUGAGCAUGGCGGCGAGCACAAGCAACAAGACCGCGCCGGCAGCCGACCCCGUCAGGCGGAAGAAGGCUUUCCUGAGCGAGAGCGUCAAGCGUCACCCAACGACAGUGAGCGAACUCGUGGCGCACGUCCAGGCGCACCCCGCUACGCAACUCGCCGUCCGCGCGCGCGACCAUGCGCCUGGCUACAUGGUCAGCCUCGCCACAAAGUGCGCUGGCGUCCGCAAGACCGACCUCCCGGCGCCGUGCCACUUUCACGACAAGCACGCGCUCCCGGUCAAGCCGGUGAGGGCAACGGUUGGGAACGCGCGCCUUGACAGGUCUUGGCUGCCAUGCAUGAGCCCAAACGGGUACGUGCGAGUGAGCGCGGUGGUCGACGUGGCAGGAAGCUGCCCAUUCCUGGCGCUCGAGGGCGCCGCUCUGCCAACAUGCGGCGAGGCCUUCCCGCUGGCGUCCGGCUUCUACCCGACGGAUCUGAGCGCCGACUACCAUGCGCACCGCGAGCGCUGGGCCUUCUACCACAGCCAACUCAAGCCGCGCGUGCCCGCGGACGCGAAGGAGGGCGCAGUCACGCUGGUGGGUGCGUUCCUAACGGGGGACAAGGCUAUCGUGUACAUGGACGGCGUCCAGCUGACGCUGAAGACGUGAAUUGAGAGAGGCGCUGCAUUCCGAUGAACUCCUGCCACAGGAAGGAGAUUAGGAUGACGGUGUUGGUGUCUUUUGUCUCGUCUAUUCCCCCGUUGUUUGC